AUGGAAGAGUCGAUGGAAGAGUCGAUGGAAGAGUCGAUGGAAGAGUCGAUGGAAGAGUCGAUGGAAGAGUCGAUGGAAGAGUCGAUGGAAGAGUCGAUGGAAGAGUCGAUGGAAGAGUCGAUGGAAGAGUCGAUGGAAGAGUCGAUGGAAGAGUCGAUGGAAGAGUCGAUGGAAGAGUCGAUGGAAGAGUCGAUGGAAGAGUCGAUUGGGCCUAAGCUUCCGAAUUAUCUCUUAACAGGGCCAUGGGCGACACUGGUUUAUUCUUCACCAGGACAGAGACCGCACACCACUGUGAAGACCAACACGUCCGCUGAGCCCAAAUUAAGCAGAUGCAACAAAGGUAUUCUUCUCCUACCUGUGCAGGGAAAUGGCUUUGAGGCGGGAAACUGCCAAGUUGGCUCGGGCGGGUUAGGCGAACAGAAGUGCUGUCGUCCUGCAAACGGAGAAGAGCGGGUACCCUGUUAA